AUGGCCCAAUCGAAAGCGAUAGCAAAAUUCUGGAUCGCCACAAGUAAUCAGAUCGAGCACGUGCUGUCUCAUGAAAGGCUUGUGCAAACGGUCGAGCCAACUAAAGACGUACGGGUAGUUCACCGGCUUGUGUCCGAUUUGUAUUGUCGCUAUGUGGGUCUGUGCCGAAGUCUGGAUCGGUGCUUUGAUCAAACGUUGCAGGUGCAAAAACGGCAAGUCAUUAAGGGUCUACUGGAAGCCGCCAAUGUACGAAUGCUCGAACUCAGGACGAAGCUACAGGAUAUAGAGCUCAGCGAGUUUGUCUACGUAGAUGGGGCGCUACAGGAGCUUCAUUUGAUUCCGGACGAUGUUGAGGCCGUUCGUCCGUGCUAUAUGUCCGCCAAGCGGCCAGUGGAAUUACAAUCGUUGAUCGAUUCGCGAAGAUUGAAAAAGAUCGAUGGAGGGAAUAGCGACGAGGAGGACAGUGAGCUGAGUGAGAGUGACCAGGACGUGGAAGAAGAGCCUGAAAACCCCAUGCGACCGGCGGUGAAGCGUGAUCGAAGGAAGGAACGGAUUCAGGUUGCACUGGCACUAAUUUUGGCGCAUGAAAAAGCUCGCCAAGCGAGGGUGCGGCAGACUAACUUUCGUCUCCAUCCCGAUCGAUACUACCCGAAACCAAUUGACGAAGAGAUCGAGGAUAUUGAGUACGAUUUUUCCUUUCGACCGGGCCAGCAAAUGCUCUAUCCCGUCAAGCGUACCGUAUAUAAUUGGGAUUUUCAAAUGAAGCAGAAAAAUGUGGUCAACUUUGCGUAUUACACACCUCCGGGGUACCAACCUCCGAUCACAACCGAACUUGCUGCAAAGGAUACUGGUUUUAAGAAGGCUUCAAAGAUGCCUCAGGUGGGCGCGCUCGAAGAAUGGGCUGAAAGUAAUCGUCUAGAAACAGACAAACGGCAACGUUUGAAUGAUGCUGCAGCCACAAUCCAACGCUGUUGGCGUCGGUAUCACACUAAAAAGGUAGCAAAAAGGGCACGCUAUGAAAGGUCAAAAUUCCUAGGAUUGUUUGACGCACUUGAGCCAAUCGAAACCAAUUCUACCACCGUCGACGAGAUCCGUACAGCUCGAAGCGAAAGGAAGCAAGAGUUCGAUCAGGCGUUUCUUGAAGCAAUCGCGGACGAAAAGGCAAGAAUUCUGCGCACACGUGGGGCAGCUCUGCUGGAGGAUAUUGGUGACGCCGUCAGGGCUUGGUUUCGUCAGUGGUACGACGAGGCCCAUGCGUUUGAUGUAAUACCGGAGCUUUUUGAGGGUGGGACGGUACUUAUCGUGCGCGGGGAAACUCUCACCCCGUUAGAGUACCUCGAGCAGGAGCGCCAAAAGCAGUUAGACAAGUUAAAGUCUGCCGAGCAGCGAAAGAAGGAGGCCGAAGCGGCAAAAGCCGCCAAGGAACGGGAACAUUCGAAGAGACGCGAGGAAAAAGAACGUUUGAAGGAGCUGGCCCGGGAGAAACGUGCCCGUGAGAAAAAGGAGGGCAAAACAUACGAUUUCACUGAACCGGAGUUUGUGAGCAAUGCUUACGUAACGCUGGAAGAAACGAUUCGUCGAUAUCGGAGGGACUGGGAGUUCAUCAACGAGCUCGAGGAGAACUGUGACGACUUACCCAUAAUGGAAUGGAUUACAUUGGAAAAAAUGGCCGAAGUUCAUCAGGAACUGCACCACGAAGUCCACGCGUUACUUAAAGCGGAACGAGAGCUGCUUCAAAUGGCCUUAUGCAAGGACGAACGGAAAAAGUACAAACCACCGAAAGCCAAAAAACCACCACGUGCGAAAAGUAAAGGUAAGUCAAAGCGAAAGGAACCCCCAAUGGAUACCGCAGAAUGUCGUACCGUAGAGUCGAUGUUCGAUGAACUGGUGGACAGGAAUGUCCUAAAAUCUUAUCGCUCGCGAACGCUCGAGGAUUUUGUUGGCGACAUCAGCUAUUGUGCCUUCGAACGACGCAAUCGGUUGGAACAGGAUCCAUUCCCGGGAAUGGGAGAGGUUCGAACAAUUCUGCGUUCUUAUCUAUACGGCAUGGGUCCACUGUUGGUACCGAAACCGAAAUCAAUAUGUCUCCUUGGCCCCAGUGGAUACGGAAAAACAUUGCUUUUGGAAGCGAUUUGUCACGAGACCGGAUCCGUCCUGUUUGAUCUGGGCGUGGAUACGUGUGGUCCCAUUCCACCAUCAGAAGUUCCGGCCUUCUUGCAGCUUGUACUCGCGGUCGCCCGCCUUGUUCAACCGUCAGUGAUCGCGAUCGAAGGCAUACAUCGAGCGUUCUACAAAAAAAUCCCAACGCACGAGGAGCAAACCGAUCCAGGAAAACUUGGAAAGCACUUGUUCAAGCUGAUCGUAAAGCAACUAAAGCCGGAAGAUAAGAUCCUGCUCGUUGCCACGUCCGACGCCCCGUGGCUAGCGAAGGUGGCCCCAUUGAAGAAAUGUUUCGAAAAGUUCCUACUUCUACCACGACCGGACUACGGUUCGACGGUGUUACUUUGGCAAUACGCACUGCGCCGCUUUGGGGUUGGGGUUCCGCGAGACAUUGAUCUUUCGGCGUUGGCUACCGUUACGCGGGGCUGCUACUCGGCCGGGCACAUUUUGCACUGUACCAAGGAAGUGCUGACGAUUCGUCGGCGCAUGCAGUUCGGACGCAAACCGCUGGAGGUAGCUGAACUACUGGAACAUUUGCUAGAAUCUACGGGAGUGUGCCCAGUCAGUGAGAAAGAGUACGAGAAGUACGUCAAGUGGCACAGCAAGGUGGACAAGCUAGCGAAAAUGCGAACCAAAUUAACACGCGAACGACAGCAGCUGGCCGAGCAGACCAAAGCGAAAGAAACUGGCACAAAAAAAUAAUGGAUCGUGAUACUCUUUAUUUCUUGCCACUCAUAAUUCGCUGACCGGGUUUAAAAGCUUCUUUUGUGUUUCUUAAUUGGUAGGUUUAGACAAAAAUAAAGAAAAAAAAACAGAACAAA